ACGCUAAAGAUCCUGCUGCAAGGACACCAUUGUUGUCUCCUGUCAUUUAUCCUGUUUGUUGAUACCGUACCCUCGAGUAAAGCUGCGACACAGGCUGUAUCGGUAAUCUGUAAUCGGUACCAACAAGAAGAAUGGCCGCUGUUUUGUGUGGCGGAAUCAGCAAGCUAUGCCAGGGCGGCUGUGAAUGUGUGGGUCAUAUCUGUUUGCUUCCCUCCAAGAUCUGUGGUGCUUGCUGCGAAGGGUUGGGCCAAUGCUGCAAGGAAUCCCGUCGCCUUGUCGCCCGCUGCUGUUCAUCACGGUUUUCUUGUCAUAUUUCUGUCACUUGCAUUUUGAACCUUCCUCCCAUCAUAUUGGGUCUCUCUGACUUGCCCAAUGCCAUUGAUGGGUGUGCAGGAAGUCUCUGGUUGUUGAUCUUUUGGUUGCUUUCGCUGGUUCACAUUGUGGCUGCCUUCUACAUGGCCUAUGCGGUUGAAAAGGAUGACUCCAUCUUGCCACAAACUGGUUUCCAACGCACCGCAGUAGGUGGUGCCAAUCGCAUGUGGAAGCUGUUUUGCUACGAUUAUUGGAUGGCCGCCUACAUUUUGAUUGCCUGUGGCUACGUUACAUGGCUUGUGCUGGGAGGGGCGUGGUAUGCCAUGGGCUCGGGAAACAUGGAUGAUGAUUCCGGAUCCUGUCAUGAGGACAUUAUGCAACGGGUCGAAAUUGCAUAUGGAUUUGGAUGGGCGUUUAUCUUUUUGGGGGGUUGUGGAUUGUGCUGUUCCAUGUGCUGUGGAGUCUGUGUAAAUUGAAAGUCUUCUAAAGUUCAAGCUCAUGAUCGUUGUACACUGUAUGCCAUGCCAUGGCAGAAGAAUUGAUAUCAGUGCGAGCGCCAAAUCAACACGAAGUCUCAAAACAACUGUGGCAGGAGCCUCCUCAGCUGGAUCAAAUGGAAUCAAAGAGCAAAAGUAGUGCCGGUUGCUUCUUUCUUUGCUUGAUUCGCCGCAGCCCAUCGACAGUGUCGACCCUUGCGGCGAAGUGUUGUCCUCCGUGAAGUUCCGCACUCCAGCUGGCUAUCGAUAGCUACAACAAACAUUAUUUCUUCCAUUGGUAAAGUAAAAAGUAAAGUAAAUUAGUGAGUUAGUAAGAAUACCGGUUCCGC